AUUCUGAACAUGACUGAGACAAUGUAGGAAAAGUAGGUGCCAAAUAUAAUUCUAAGCGACGUUAUUUUACAGUGUAGGUAUUUACGGUCUCAAAAGUAAAGUCUGUAAUGAAUGGUCGGAUUUUACAAAUAUACUGCAGUCAAAACUUUAGAAUCUUAAAAGUGAAACCAAGGAGUAUUCAAAUGUGAGCAAGGAUAAUGUGUUUAUCUCCCGGCCUUCGAGUUAGUGUAGCCAACGUUCUUCUACAAUUGAGCUGUCAUCUUUUAUAAUGCAUGACCUCAUGGAAUAAGCACAUGAGAAAUAAAGUCUGACAAAUGCGUUUUGAAUGUCAUUGGAGCAUAAAUUUUGCAUUAAGCGCUAAGCAGUCUAUUGCCACCACAAAUGCACGCUUAAAUAAUGUAUAAUGUUAGCUGCUACAAAAUUUGUGAAAACCACUUUAUGUCGCAGUUGUAAAUCACUAAAAUAUUAAAGUAAACCUUGGUAUCCAGCAAAGAGAGAUGUGCGCACUGAGUCACGAAGUUAUCUGAAAGUACAUCUAACCCAACAUAAUAACUAUCGGUUAUAAUUUGGUUAAAAUUCAGAAUAACGCCAAAGCUGAGAGAAACCUGAAGGAAGAGACAGGGAGAGUGCUGUUUAUCCCGUACGGACAUUAAAGAAUUGGCUCACGUGAGCGCAUAACAUUAAUUUGAGAAAGGAAAAAAGGCCAACGAUAAAGAUGUCAAUAUUCAGCCUUGCAAACGUUCUGAUCUUGAUGACUGUUGGGGGAUAUCACACUCUGCUGGCUGUCUGUCCUCCCGGCUGGUUGGCCUGGCAAGACGCCUGUUACAUCUUGCUGCCUGACAAAAUGGAUUGGUGGCAAGCUAAAAGGGUUUGUGACCGGCCCGGGAGCAGCCUGAUCGUUCCUGACUCGCAGAAAGAACAGGACUUUAUUUGGCGGGAAUUUGGCUCCGCUAAUGGCUUGGACAUGUGGAUAGGAUGUAAGGAUAUUUACAACAACGGGUCGCUUUCAUGCUUCGGUGUAAAUGGGGAUCCUGUCUACAAAAACUGGAAAAAUAAAUAUUUUGAACAGAACAAUGUUAAUCACAGAUGUGUCCGAAUGGCAAAAAACGGUAAUUGGAGAGAUACAUCUUGCAGUUAUUUGAAAUACGCCGCCUGUGAGAUGCGCGUCUCUCGUCGCUCAUACUGCCUGCAAGCUGAUGCUGACGGGCGCUUCACACACCAGUGUCUGCUCAACCAUGAGAUCAAGAACCUGACGGCUGCGGGAGUCAUUGGGUGCAGUCAGGCGUGCUGGGCGGAGCCUCGAUGCCGCUCCUUCAAUCUCUGGCAGAAGGGUGAUGACAAGAAAGUCUGUCAGCUCAACAACGCCACCAGAUCCGAGGCUGAAGUCACUGAUCUCAAAUAUGUGAAAAACUGCAACCUUUUUGAAUUGUAA